ACAUGUCGGCGAUACCGACUCUAAUAGUAGGACCGCGUUCGUGCCUCCGCUAUAUAUGAUGCACGGCGGCCGCGAACUAGGCAAACGGAUUCGGUGCGCCGGUGCUGCCGAGGCCCCUAGACACCACCACAUCUUUGUUAGGAAUGUUGUUUAGGAACAUCAAGUUGUGUUUGAAGGUCUCAGCCAUCAGGUGGGUCACCUUCAAUGACACCUUGUGUUGACGACGGAAGGCCAAUUGCUGGGCGGCGGAACGCUCAAUUUUACUGUUUUUUUGGCCGGUUUAAAACCCUGAAUAUGCUCGCGACGUUCUUUCCGAUUCGGCUCUUCGUUGGUAGCCGUCGCCUUCAGACCUUUAGUGAAAAGGCGUUCAUCUUGAUCACGCUU